AUGGCUUGGAAACCGGAAGAGAAUGGCCUGAAUGAGGUGAUGCGUGUUCUCCGUGAUUCAACAUCGAGCGAGAAUCCCGAGGUACAAAAAGAGAUGACUGUUCGCCUACAUCAGUUCAAUGAAAUUCCAGAGUACCCAUGCUACCUUGUUUACAUCCUCAACUUGCCUGAAGGAGACGAGCGACUCAGGGCAGUGGCUGGUCUCUUGCUAAAGAACAAUGCUUCCACUUUUCUCUCUACAUGGGCUGCUCACGUUUUGCAAUACGUGAAGUCCAGCAUUUUGGUCGCCUUUGUUGAUGCCUCGCCGAUGGUCCGUAAUGCCGCCGGCCAAGUCGUAGUGUCGAUGCUUGAUGCACUGGAGCCUGCCAACUGGCCGGAGGUUCUUUCGCACCUUCUUCAGUCCCUGGAUGCGCCGUCGCUGGAUGUCCAAUUGGCUGCAUUGAGUAUCCUCCAGAAAGCUUGCGAUGACUACCCGAGGAAGUUUGAUAUUGUGCUCUCCGGCAAUCGACCCUUGGACUUCAUGAUUCCAAAAUUUAUCAGCCUCGCUGAGCACCCUAACUCCCGGAUCAGAACAAAUGCGCUCAUGUGUGUAGCGCACUUUAUCCAGGUUGACGUUGAAGCAAUGAGGAAAAACAUGGAUGCCUUUAUCUCUUCGUUGUUUCGACGAGCGAGUGACGAAAAUCCUGAUGUCCGUCAGCAGGUCUGCCAAUGUCUGGUCAUGCUUCUGGGGGUGAAAACGCCACAGCUCAUCCCAGCCAUUAAUGACGUGGCGACGUUCAUGUUGUACUCAACCCAAGAUAGGGAUGAGAACGUAGCUUUAGAGGCUUGCGAGUUCUGGCUCACGUUCGCUGAGGAGGAAGAAUUGCAGGAGUACCUGCGCCCGUUAUUACCAAAGCUAGCCCCAGUCCUUCUCCAAUGCAUGGUGUACUCGGAAGAGGAUCUUAUGUGGUUACAGGGUGAUGAUGAGGAUGACUCAAACGUCCCAGACAAGCCAUCAGAUAUCAAACCUAAGUUCUAUGGUGGCGCUUCCCGUGCCCUUGGACAUCAGGAUGGCGACGGCCAAUCGACCGAAGACAACCUGGAUGACGAUGAUGAUUAUGAUGAUUAUGAUGAUGAUGACAUGUCGACCGACUGGAACAUUCGGAAAUGUGCUGCCGCAGCUCUCGAUGUUCUCGCUGUACGGUUCGGUGCUGACUUGCUCCAGGUCAUUUUUCCGCAUCUCAAAGAAAAGCUUUGGAGUGAGGACUGGUUGCAAAAGGAAAGCGGCAUUCUUGCUCUUGGCGCCAUGGCGGAAGGUUGCAUUGAUGCCCUCGAAGAACAUCUUCCAGCACUGAUUCCUUAUUUAUGCAACGCCCUCAAUGAUCAGCGGCCACUGGUUCGAUCUAUUGUUUGUUGGACCCUUGGUCGAUACGCUAGCUGGUGCGCCACAAGCACUGUCGAGGGCAAUCGAACAACUAUUUUAUUCCGACCAUGGAAGGUGUCAUUGCUUCGUAUGGUUUUGGACAACAACAAGCGGGUCCAGGAAGCUGGUUGCAGUGCAUUCGCGACCUUUGAAGAAGAUGCCGGUCCAUUAUUAGAACCAUACUUGGAACCUAUCCUGCGAAAUUUGGUGUUCGCAUUUGAGAGGUAUCAACAAAAAAACUUACUCAUCUUGUACGACGCCGUCGGGACACUGGCAGACGCCGUCGGCGAUGCUCUUUCAAACAAGGAAUACGUCGAUAUCUUGAUGCCACCUCUAAUUACCCGCUGGCAGCGGCUAAAUGACGAUGAUGAUGAUUUGAUACCCCUUCUUGAGUGCCUGUCCUCGGUGACUAUGGCGUGUGGAAAGGGAUUUGUUGGAUACGCCCCUCCGGUUUUCGAGCGUGCAAAUCGCAUCGUGCACGACCAGCUCGUUCAGUACCAGUCCUGGCAACAGGAACGGGCCGCUAACCCGGACACUGACGAGCCCGAUAAAACUUUCCUCAUUGUUGCAUUGGAUUUGUUGAGUGGUUUAGCACAAGGACUCGGCCCGAUGGUCAGGGAGCUCAUCGUGGCCAGCAAUCCACCACUUAUGCCUCUCAUUGCGGCCUCCAUUAAGCAUCCGGAAGCCUCUGUGCGGCAAUCCGCGUAUGCGUUAAUUGGAGACGUUGCCAUCAGCGUGCCGGAUCUGCUACGACCUUCGCUCGGCGACCUCAUGCCACAGUUGCUCGAGCAAAUUUCACCCGAGCCUAAACACGAGUUUAUAAGCGCCUGCAAUAACGCGGCAUGGUCGGUCGGGGAAAUCGCUUUAAACAUGGGUCAGGAUCCAGAGUUCAACCAAUGGAUCCCGGCGCUAAUUGACAAGCUAAUCCCUAUCUUGUUGCAAUACCCUUCUAAAUCUCCUAAAAGUCUAGUAGAAAACGCAGCGGUAACAAUUGGGAGGAUUGCCCUUGUUCAGCCACAAAUCGUCGCCCCUCACUUGAGCCUUUUUGCAUCCCAGUGGUGCCAAGCCCUAUGGGAGAUCAAGGACAACUCCGAAAAGGACACUGCAUUCCGUGGUUUUUGCGCAAUGAUUGAGCUGAAUCCCACGGGCAUCCAAAACCACUUCAUCUACUUCUGCAACGCCGUUUCGAAAUGGACAAGUCCCUCACCAGAGUUGGAAGCAAAAUUCCUUCACAUUUUCACCGGGUUUAAGCAAAUGCUCGGUGCCCAGUGGGAUGGCACACUUGGGUCCAUGCCCCCACCGAUACCUGAACGGAUCCGAGAACGAUACCAAGUGUAG